CAUCUUUGUUUUUAUUUUUAUUUUAAACGUAAAAACCUAACUUAUAAAAUCAUUGUAAUGCCCUAUGAUCGAUCAAGCAGCAUAUAGGAUAGUCCAAAUAGUUACAGAAUUUGAUUGCUGCUCAUACAUAGUAUAAUAUAUUUCAAAAUCUCAUGUUUUAAAUACAUCUGCUUUACAUAUUUAAGUAUUCAAACCCUGUAUUAUCAGUAUUUGUAUGUAGUUAAGAGUUGAGUACCACUGAAAAUAUGAAACACAUCUUUGUGUGAAGAAUGUGACGUGACUCAUUUAGAAUGUGUCUCCUCUAAGUCUAUUGAGACACAACUGUCAGUGUGAGAAAAGCCUUUUUACCAACUGAUGAAAUACAGAUGGCGUCUCUACGGAGUGCACGCCUGUUGUGCGUGCACAGAAAAGCGCUUGCCUGUAGAAUAUAAAAAUACUCCGUUCAUUACAUUUCCGGUCAUUUGAAGCUGAGAGCUGAAUUCGUGGAGGAACAGUUUUUCAAAAUGACAACCAUAGGAUUAUGUUGGACAUAACUUUCCACGGCCUUCAAGGAAACCUUCUCUAUCAAACUUCUCAGCUUCUCUGACUUUCUUCUUUCGUGAUGACUGACUGGAGUUGGGUGGCCUACACAGUACUAGAAGUGCUGAUUGCAAUUUCCUGUUUCCUUGGCAAUGCGUUGGUGGUGUGUGCGGUGUGUAUUGGCAUCCGGGAUUCCCUGCGAGAGCCCACUUUCUGCUUCCUCGUAUCCCUGGCAGUGGCUGACUUCCUGGUGGGUGUGGCGGCCGUGCCCCUGGCUGUCCUGUUGGAUGGCUGGGUGAGUGUGACCCCUGACCUCUGCCUACUUCUCAGCUGUGUUGUGCUCGUGCUGACUCAGGCCUCUGUGCUGUCACUGCUCGCUAUCUCUGUGGACCGAUACCUCCGAUUACACAUUCCCCUCAGAUACAAAGCCCUGGCCACACAAAGGCGUACAUGGAUGGCUGUUUCUGUGUGCUGGACUCUUUCCUGCAUACUUGGGUUCACCCCUCUGUUUGGCUGGCGUAACUACUCCUCUCUAACAUCAGAUUUCACCAACACAUCCUCCUCUUCCUCCAUCUCUCCACCCUGCACCUUCCUCUCAGUUAUUUCCCUCCCCUUUAUGGUUUACUUCAACUUCCUGGGAUGUGUCAUGGCCCCCCUGCUGGUCAUGACCCUCCUCUACACUCAAAUCUUCCGGAGCCUGCAGGGCCGUCUAAAGGAAAGCUGUCCCCAGGCCAAGGCCUCCCUGCUGAGGGAGAAGAGGCUUGCCUGCUCCCUGGCUCUGGUUCUCAUUCUGUUUGCCGGCUGCUGGAUUCCUCUGCACCUGAUGAACUGCCUGCUGCUGUUUCAGGGUCCACAAGCUGUGACACGGGGGACACUCUAUACAGGCAGGUAUUCUCCUGUCUCAUGCCAACUCAGCAGUCAACCCUGUGGUCUACGCUUGUCGCAUCCCAAAAAUCCAACAGGCCUACAGUCAAAUAUGGAGACGCUUCAUUGUGAGGCUGAACUGUUGCCAUGGGGACAAGCAAGUUUGCCAAUCAAUAAAAAGCAGCCGAGCCAAUCACAUAGAGACAUGUGGAUCAGGAGGGAAAAGCACACCCUAACAAAGGACUACAUGCUUUUUAAGUCCCUUAUGUUUCAGUUUGGAGUUCAUUAUACUUUUUCGUAAGGUUUUAUUGCCCACUCACACAAAAAAUCUGAAAACCACUCAAUCCAACAAAUAUUUGAGACUUUAUUACACAUAAACAACUGGGAAACUACUGGCAGCCAGAGAGUGUUUGUUUGUUUGUUUGUUUGUUUGUUUG